GCGGAGCGCGGAGCCGCCGGGCUGAGCAGCGCUGCCAGGCAUCGCCAGCCCCGGAGCCGCCGGGCUGAGCAGCGCUGCCAGGCAUCGCCAGCCCCGGAGCCGCCGGGCUGAGCAGCGCUGCCAGGCAUCGCCAGCCCCGGAGCCGCCGCCGGAGCGCCCCGGCCGGUCCCGCCGAUGGCACCGCGCUGCCGCCGCCAAGGAGAAAGGUGCUGAGCAGGUGCCCCGAAGCUCUGCAGCUGGCUUCUCACAGGCUCAGGAGAAUGAUGCCAGCAGUCCCAGAGCCGCCCGUGCCGAUGUGACCGAGCGCUGUGUGGGACCCGUGGCACCGAGGCUGGCGCAGACGCAGCGGCUGGUGGCCCCUGCCGUGUCCCUGCUGCCCAAAGAUGAGCGAUGGCAUGUGGAUCUCGCUCAGCCCCACCGAGUUUGCCCAGCUCCAGCAGUACACAGACUACUCCACCAAGAAGCUCAAGGAUGUUCUGGAGGAGUUCAAUGGGGACGGCGUCCUCUCGAGGUACAACCCCGAACAGCCCAUCGACUACGAGGGCUUCUGCCUCUUCAUGAAGACCUACCUGGAGGCCGAUGUGCCCGAGGAGCUUUGCCAGCACCUCUUCACUUCCUUCAAGCGUAAGAUCUGCCAAGCCUCCCCCGAGGGCCAGCAGCAGAGCCCUGGUGUGGCACAGCACAGCAGCCUCGGGAUCAAUGGGAAAACCCUUCGAAGUGCUCUGGGACGACACACUCCCGAGCCCAAGAGCAACACUGCUGAGCCACAGCCAGCAUCCCUCACCCUGGCAUCGAUCCCCAAUGCCUCCCCCAGCUGGUCCAGAUCAUCUUCCCAGAAAUCCACCACUGGCACCACUUCUGCUCACAACUCCUCAGGCUCUUCCAAGAUCUCCCCCGUGUCUCUGCUCAGCCCUCAGUCACCAGGCACGAGGAGCGUGGAGAAGAGGUUGCCCUUCAGCCUGCGGAAAGGCCCCAGCUCCCUGAAAGCCACCCCGCCUCCUCCUCCCACCCCCGUGGCCCAGGUGGUCCACCUGAAGGACAUUGUCUGCUACCUGUCCCUGCUGGAGAGGGGCCGAGCAGAAGACAAGCUGGAGUUUAUGUUUCGCCUCUACGACACCGAUGGAAAUGGCCUUCUGGACAGCUCGGAGCUGGAUCGUAUCAUCAACCAGAUGGUGCAUGUGGCUGAGUACCUGGAGUGGGACUCCACCGAGCUGAAGCCCAUCUUGAAGGCUAUGAUGGAGGAGAUUGAUUACAACCACGAUGGGACCGUGACGCUGGAGGAGUGGAUCCGGGGUGGCAUGACCACCAUCCCCUUGCUGGUCCUCCUGGGGAUGGAGACGAACGUGAAAGAUGAUGGGCAACAUGCCUGGAGGCUGAAGCACUUCAAGAAACCUGCCUACUGCAACUUCUGCCGCACCAUGCUGCUGGGGGUCCGCAAGCAGGGCCUCUGCUGCUCCUUCUGCAAGUACACGGUCCACGAGAGGUGUGUGUCCAAAGACAUUGCUUCCUGCAUCAGCACCUACGUUAAAUCCAAGAAAAACACAAGUGUGAUGCAGCACACCUGGAUCGAGGGCAAUUCACCUGCCAAGUGUGACAGAUGUCACAAGAGCAUCAAGUGCUACCAGGGCAUCACCGGCCUGCACUGCGUCUGGUGCCAAAUCACGCUCCACAACAAGUGUGCCUCCCAUGUGAAGCCAGAGUGUGAUGGGGGUCCGCUGCGGGACCACAUCUUGCUCCCAUCCUACAUCUGCCCAGUUGUCCUGGACAGGCAGUCCCACUGCCGACGGUCGGAGAGCGACUCCCCUGCCAGCACCAGCCCCGAGGACAGCCAGGGCUUCAAGUUCAACUCCACCACAGUGGAUGGGCAAGGGCUGCAGAUCAGCCCUCAGCCCGGGACACACCCACUCCUCGUGUUUGUGAACCCCAAGAGUGGAGGAAGGCAAGGGGAGCGGGUCCUCCGGAAGUUUCACUACCUGCUCAACCCACGCCAAGUGUACAACCUGGACCGUGGCGGGCCCACGCCGGGGCUGAACUUCUUUCGGGACACCCCAGAUUUCCGUGUGCUGGCCUGCGGAGGGGACGGCACGGUGGGUUGGAUCCUGGACUGCAUAGACAAGGCAAACCUGGUGAAGCACCCCCCGGUGGCCGUCCUGCCCCUGGGAACGGGCAAUGACCUCGCGCGGUGCCUGCGCUGGGGAGGAGGCUAUGAAGGAGGCAACCUGAUGAAGGUCCUGAAGGACAUAGAGCACAGCACAGAGGUGAUGCUGGACCGCUGGCAGAUUGACAUCAUUCCUACUGACAGGGAGACCAACGGAGAUCCCGUCCCAUCCACCAUCAUCAACAACUACUUCUCCAUUGGGGUGGACGCCUCCAUCGCCCACCGCUUUCACAUCAUGCGAGAAAAACACCCUGAGAAAUUCAACAGCAGGAUGAAGAACAAGCUGUGGUACUUCGAAUUCGGGACAUCAGAGACCUUUGCAGCCACCUGCAAGAAACUCCAUGACUAUGUUGAGGUUGAGUGCGACGGCACCCUGCUGGACCUGAGCAACACGUCCCUGGAGGGCAUCGCCGUGCUCAACAUCCCCAGCAUGUACGGGGGCUCCAACCUGUGGGGCGAGACCAAGAAGCAGCGUGGCUACAACCGGCUGGGCAAGAAGGUGCCAGAGAAGGUGCCAGGCACGGUGGUCACCGAUGCCAAGGAGCUGAAGUUCUGUGUGCAGGACCUCAGCGAUCAUCUCCUGGAGGUGGUGGGGCUGGAAGGCGCGAUGGAAAUGGGGCAGAUCUACACGGGGCUGAAGAGUGCAGGGAAGAGACUGGCCCAGUGCUCCUCCGUCAUCAUCAGGACGUCCAAGCUGCUGCCCAUGCAGGUGGAUGGGGAGCCCUGGAUGCAGCCGUCCUGCACCGUCAAAAUUACACAUAAAAGCCAGGUGCCCAUGCUGCUGGGCCCCCCCCAGAAGAGCAGCUUCUUUUUCCUGAAGAGGAGGAACUGAACUCGGGAUUAAAAGAUCACCCAAGGAUCCACAGCCUGGAGACGCUCAGCAUCCCAGCCACCUGCCUGAUGCAGGGGCCCCCAGAUCCCCAUCCCGUGGUGGGGACAGAAACUCCCCCUCCAAGCCCACUGGGGAUUAUUUAUCCUGAGAAGGUCUGGUAGGCUCCUUCCUGAUCACCAGAAACAUCCUGUCAAGCUGGGAUGGAAGAACGGGGAGAAGUCUGGCUGGCAUGCAGCGAGCACAUUUGCUGGAGCAGCACUAGGACUGGGAUUUUUUUCCCCCCUUAAUUUAAAUACCCUCCAGCCAAGCUGCCAGUGAAUGUGCUCCUGAGGCAACAUUAAGCUCCACUUAUUUAUUUAUCCUCCUCCUGAAGACCACUUGAUGUCUCACUGGCUUUCUGUCCCCCAGUCCUUGCAAUGGGAGGAAUUAUUUAUUUCCUUAGCCUAGAGGAGCCAUCUCAGCCACUCACCUCUGUGCUCUGGGGUUUAAGAGAGAUGCAAAGAACCAUUGCUGCCAGCCCAGUGAGCCAUGAGCUGUGGGACAGGCUGGGGACAGACAGUGCACAGGGACAAGCGUGGGGUGGAUGGGAGGAGACUGUUUUUACAGGGAAAUGGCAAAAAAGGGGAUUUCUGGGGAAGUGGCCCCAGCUCUGGGCUUUGUGUUCAUAUUUAUAUAUUUAUUUAGCAAACUUUGGACAAAAAGGGGACUCUGGGGAUUACCUUUUUAGGAGCCCAGAUUGGACACAGACACCACCUCCCUUCUUUGCUGGCUGUCCUCCAUGGCACCUCCUUCCACAUGGACUUUCCUCUCUCCUAAAGCCUGCCAGCCUGCUCUGGGGGCUGGAGACCCUGGGGACAGACAUCCAGAAACUCUUCUCACUUUAAGGUGUCCCCAGCAUCUCCCAGUGUGCUCUGCCAGGCUGGUGCUCUCCCUGUGUGACAGGUGCUGCCUCUGAUGCUCCCGCGCUGCAGGGAGUGGGGCAGAGUGGUUGCACCUCCCUUUCUGUAGGGCCAGGUCUCCCCACAGCCCUCUCCAAACCUAAGAAGCCUCACAGAUGCUGCUGCCUGUGUGACUGCUGGGGCCCACUGGGAUGCACAGACAGGUUUUGGUGGCAUCACCCAUGGAUGGACAGAUCAGGGGAUGCAGAUUCUCUCCAGGAUGCACAGGGACCAGAAAACAAAUGAAUACACGGAGUUUGUGGUGGUCUGAAUGUACUCCCAGGAGCCAGGAGCUGGCAAGGCUGGCCCAUGGGAAAGGCUGCUGGUUGCUUCUGCAGCCACCCAGUGCCUCCAGCAGUGAGCCUGCAUGCAGGACACAGCCACAUCCUGAAUUAAACCUGCUCCCAGGCAGCUCCCUUGGGGCUGAUGGAGGCUCCUAAGCUGCUGGGAGCAGUGUGUGCCCCGUGGGUGUCACUGCAGGCAGGAAAACUCUUGCUUGUCCCCACUGCGUCCCUGCCACAGGGCUGGGACAAGUCACACUGUCCUCCCCAGUGCCCACUCAGUCCCUCCUGAUGCUGCAGGUCCCCGUUCAAUAGCAUUCUCCUGGCAGAGGGUGCUGCCAUCACUGUUCCAGAGUGGCUGGAAGGGACCUGUUUGUGACCUGUGUACACAGGCAUGCGUCACCGCAGUGCAUAAAUCCACCCUCCUCCUCCUCCUCCUCCUUGUCCCCCAAGGCAGCUGUUUAUGAGUAGCCAGGUGAAAGCAGAUGGAGCAAGGCCAAACAAACCCCAGGUCCCACGAGCCAGCUGCCUCCAUCUCCCCAGCCCAUUGCCAAGGGCAGCAGUGCUUCUCAGCCCCACACUCGGGGAGGGUGAGAAAACCACCUCAGCCAUCUGCAGAGCUCUGCCAGCAGCAGGGUGACAAUCUGUGGGAUGGCAGCACGCAAGGUCAACAGGUUUGGUUCUAUUUCCCUGCCCACUCAGCCUCAACCCAGGGUUUUAUCCCAGAGCCUGCAUGGACUCAGCAGUGCAUGGGGAGUUAGCAGUUGUUUUCCUGCUCCUUGCCCCCGUCACAGUUUGCUGGGCUCUGGGCAAAGAGCAGCACUGAGGUCUCUGCUGUGGUUUGCUGUCUGUGGUGGCAGAGCUGGGGGAGCAGGAGGGCUUUGUGCCUGUGCCUGCACCUUUGGGCCUGGCAGUGCCAGGGGUGAGCAGCUGAAAUCCAGGGGUGAACACUCAGCCACAUCCUGCAGGGCACAGGGAGCCCAGGGCCACCACUCUGGGCCAGUGGGACAGUGAUACACCAGCACCACUCUGCCAGGCUCCAACCCAGACGUCCCCUCUGAUGGCCAGGGAGAUGAUCCCUGCCCCAGGGGACCCAGCUCCAAUGUGCUCCCACACUGCCAAAGGCAUGGUUCAACGGGCCUGCCAGCUCCCCACCUCCUUAGUCUGAUGGUGCAAAGGUCCCGAGCCCAGGAGGGACUCACGGGGGCUGGGACUUCAGCCCAGCUGUCCCUGGCUCCAGGGAGGAACAAGCCAUGCAGCUGAGGGGCACUCGAGGCCUUGAUCCCCCAUUCCCCAGUGCCUCCCAGUUCAGCCCAGUUCCCAAGUGCGUGGGAUGGAACCAAACCCCCAAACAAGCCCCUGGGCACUGGUGCCAGUGCUGCACUAGGGGACCCCUGAGAGCUGGGGAACCCCAUUGCCACAGGAGCCUCAGCCCACUCCCCUCUGUGUGUGUAGCCGUGGUUGCCUGCAUGGAAUGGUGUCCGUAGCGUAGCGUGUGUUGCCGUGUACACCCGGACUGCUGUGGGCUUGCCUCCAAUAAAGAUGGUCAUGAACUCCUCA